CGGAACGUUUUCUCUCCAGUUAUCCCCAAUGUGGAAAGCUUCAUGAAUUUGGGACUGGAAUUUAAUGGCACCUCGCCGCGGGAUGCACCUGAAGGCACCACACGCACGCAUGCACAGGCAAGGCACGUUGACCUGCCCCCACUGCGUGUUAUGAUAGCGAGCCAACGCGUGGGUUUUGUCCCGUGAUGGGGGUAAGAAUCACAUGGAACUACGGUGGUGUCACCCUGCUGGCCGUCAUCAUGAGCUCGUGUAGGGCCAUCACUUUGGACUCCAUCCUCUGGAGCAGCGCCAACACUAACUUUACUCCAAGUGGAGGUCUGGUCCUUUACCCUCAGAUUGGAGACAAGAUGGACAUAGUCUGUCCAAGGGCAGACACCUCUAAAGGGGAAAAGGAGGAGUUCUAUCGAGUCUAUCUAGUCUCCCGAAGUCAGAUGGAGAGCUGCACAAUAGACAAGACAGACACACCCCUACUGAACUGUGACAAGCCGCACCGGGACGUCAAGUUUACUUUCAAGUUCCAAGAGUUCAGCCCCAACCUUUGGGGGCUGGAAUUCCUCAAAGGAAAGGAUUAUUACAUCACUUCAACAUCUACAGGAUCUCUGCAAAAUCUGGACAACACUAAUGGAGGCGUGUGCAGGACCAAGUCCAUGAAGCUGGUGCUGAGAGUUGGGCAAAGUUCCUCAGAUCCUCGAUCAACACUUCAGGAGUCCCCAACCAGAUUUCCACCUUCACAACCAAAACCGAAAGGAAAGGAGACAUCUAAAGAAAAUGAUGUCAAGAACAAAACCUACGCAGGCUCAGAAGCAGGGCAGCUCAACCCCGGUGGCAGUGGCGGCUCACAGCCAGGACUGUUGAUAUGGGUUGUCUCGGCCUGUGUGAUCCUCCUCCUCCUCAUCAUCAUCCCGUCGGCCGUACUGUGGAAGUGCCGUCGCUGUGUCCCAGAUAGGCAGCAGUCUGCGUCUGUGUCCCUCAACACUUUAGCUGUGCCAAAGCGGGACAGCAUCAGCAGCGACAACAUGGGCUCAGACCGUAGCGAGGUCGUCUUUCCUCUGCAGACCUCUGACACUAGACUGUGCCGACACUUUGAGCGUGUGAGCGGCGAAUAUGGACCUCCUGUAUACAUUGUUAAGGAGAUAACGCCUCAGAGCCCCACCAACAUUUACUAUAAAGUUUAAUUUGGGUUACUUGCAACGCUGUUUUUUCACUUGCCUAUGAGAACAUUGGAACAAUAGCUUGUCUUAUAUGAAUUGGACUUUUUGUGACGAGACAAUCACAGAGAAACAUCCAAGGACAUUUAUGCGAUACUGAUGUCACACAUUUAGUAAAUAAAUUAUUUGACUAUUCUGAUUUCCACUUGCGACUGUUUUCAGUAUAUAUUUUGGGACUUGUAGUUAAUGUAAUCUUGUAAUUUUGUAAAUGUACAGUAUUUAAUUGUUUGAUUUUUUUCUAAAUUGAAUCUGAUGUUGUACCCAACAUUGUUGAAACACAUUCCACUACAUUAAACAUCUCUGUAUUUAUUUUCUAGAACUUUCAAAAUUGUAUGAGUGCGUUAAUAGUGAAAUAAAAU